AUGGACGAGGAGAUCCUUGAAGCGACCAAAGCGCUCUGUAUUUCCCCUCAAGCAGACAGAAGUCACCGCGCAACAUCCUCACUCGCCGCCUCUAGCACGCAUCGCCGCCAUCUCGAACCGCUCGACUUGAAUCGUAUCCCCGUGCCAUCACUGAAUCCAGACAUCAAUGGCGCCUCUUCAGCAGACGCUGACAUCAGAACUCCCUUCGCGUCCAAAGAAAACAUGAGUGGAGGAGUUAAGAGGCCCCGGCGUGGGUCACUCCAAGCUGGCAGAAACGCCUCUGAAUCACUGCCUGCCUCGAAACUCGCCAGAAUCGAUCGCGACUGCGCCGGUUCGAACGCUCAAGCAGCCAUUGUCAUAUCAGACUCUGACGAUGCCGCCGACCAAAUCGACGACCAAGAGGCUUUAGACGCAUCGCUCGACGACUCGCCUACCGCUUUCCAUCGCCAGAAUCUGGCGAAUCUCUACACUUAUCAUACGCCCACAAAGACGCGAACUGUGAAUAAGCCAGAUCCCGACACGCUGCCAAAGACGCUGAAUCUUCAGCCUGCCCAAAGUACUGCAGAGCUCCCGUCGGCUCGAAAAGCGUCCACAACGACUCCAAACGCAGAAGCAUCUGUGCCAAUGCUCUCCGCAAAUAGCCCACUACCGACGGACAAUAAGCCGAAGAAGUCAAAGGGCCUGAAAAGAGCUACAAUCCAGCUCAAGAAGACACUGGAGGCUGCCAAAGAGCUACGAGUUACUCCUCUGAACCUCGAUCGCGUCUCAUCUGCCGGAUUCCGACUCAUCACUCGAUGCUCUUUCUGCGCUGGAGCUUUUGCCAAAUCUGCUUCAACCAAAGUCAAGCAGGAGCACAUGUCGUGGUGUGCUCCACUUCAAGGUGUCGAGCGAGCUGCAGCUGCCGUCCACACCGUCUCAUCCGACAUCUCACGUGCCCUCCAACGCGACGAGCAAGAUAAGAAGAAAGCCGCCGAGGAGCGCACCCUCCUCCAAGAUGUCAUGCACAAUGCCGACAUUAUCAUGCACGAGGGGCGUGCAAGUCAGAUCGCCACAUCAUCCAAGAUGCGAGGCAGGGUUAAGGUCCUCACAAAAAAGCCCAUCAAGCGUGCAGUCAAGUCCUCGGUACUGGUCGCCGAAGACCCAGCGAGCAUUUUCAGCAUCGCCCCUCAGCCUCCUGGCCACAAUUUGCUCCCUGCCCGUAAAGCGAUGCUCGCAGCUCGCGACCUUGCUAACCAGAUUUUCGGCAACGCCGUCUCGCUCUUGGCAGACUCGAGUGAGAGCAAAGGCGUAGGAGAUGCAGAGCUCAUCAAUGAGCUGCCACAGGUGAUUUCAGAUGCGAAUCUUGCUUCGACAUUGCGAGGCUUUAGUUCACAAAGCAUCAACGGUGACACCAAUCAGGCCAAACAUCUCCCUCUUGUCUCUGCCGAGCAGGUCUUUGCUUCCAUGGCAUCCACGAGUCCGCAGAAAAGCCCUGUAAAGGCGCUGCAGAAAUCUCGUCAGCGUCAGCUUUCGCGGGAGCAAGACACAUCGAUGGGAUUGGAAGACUUGACCAUCAUUCCAAAAAGUCCGAAUCCUCCACAGACACAGCCAUUUGCGCCAUCAAAGCUGGCCCAACGCCAGCAAAUGCAGCAUGACAAACCAAGGGAACCACUUUUUGGUGCUGAAACAACGUCACGGUCUUUGCUUGAUCUCAUACAGAAGAGCCAAGCUCAAGAUGAGAGCGGUACUCACGGCGAGUCGAAACGUAAAGCAGACGAGAACAGCCAGAGGAUGGGCGACAUUUCCGCAAAGCGAACCAGAUUGGACACGGAAGAUCACUCGACGGGUACACAUCGGCACAGGUUGCGCAAGGUCAUGUCUCAAUCUGGGUCGCCAUGCUCCUUGGACAGGCAGGAGAUGGAUGUGGACGACGAGCCGAUUCGACCAGCAUCAUCCGCUCGAUCUGACAAGAUGCACCUUUCAUGCACGGGUAAGCUCCAAGAACAAUCUUGCAUCAGUACGCCCAGGUUCGCCACGAACACGACGGUUGCAACGAACGACAUUGAGCCUAAGGCUUUCUCUAACUUUUCACAGAGAAUUCCGAUCGAUGGCAGCCACCGGGACGAGACCGUCACAAAAAUGGGAGAAAGCCUUGCUCCGAUCCUCGAUGCUGACAGUCUUGUCGAACAAGCUGAGGAUGACGAUGAGGACUCCAAGUCGUUCCUAGACAUGUUGGAGCCUCUGGAUGUUACAGACGCGCCUGCCGUCUCUCGAAUACCAUAUCUUUCCGAGCCUUCGUCCGAUGAUGUAUGCGAACUAGAGACGAGAGAGAUUUCAUAUAUGAGUACGAGGAUGCUCGUCGCUUGUAGCGGUGCAAAUACCGCCUCCGAGUAUCGGCAAGGCACCAAUCUCUCUGCGAUUCCGAUGGCGAUUCCGAUGAGCAUCUCGCCAUGCUCAUCGUUCAUGCUGUCAGAGGCUGCUGCAAAACAUGAACAACGCGAGCCGGCCGUGUCAGACUCUGAUCCAGAGCUGUGA